UCGGUGACGAGAAACAUCCAGACGUGGCAGUGUGUGUUUGAUCGGACUCCUAUGCGCACGAGCUUCCUUUCAUGAAGUUUACCCGACAAUUGGCCUUAUUUGCCUUUGCCGUAUUACUUAUUUUUGCCUGAAAACAGCGUGUUGUAGCCUAAAUGACUGUUGCUGGUACUGGGAUAUGGAAGGCAAGCCAGGAAUAAUGGAUGCGUAGUUCUAGGUGAUUACGCAGAGCGGAACGCAUUCAUCCAGUCUUGUUAACCACUCGACUGUUGAAUGCAUAUUUACUCAGACUGCACGACUAAGAAAGAACCACGGGAACGCAGAUGGUGUGGGGACACACGCUUAAGACACUGUUAUUGGAGUGAGCACAUUUAAAAGAAGCAGGAAUGAAAAUACGACUACGUGGAUGUGAUCAAUGCUGAACUCCGGAAAGUUUCCAGGAAAGAUAUUGCCAAAACCUGAAAGUAUUUUACUCGUCGCUAAUCUUUUAUGCAGUCAACCAAUGGGACGUUCCUCGCCGAUGUCUGUGGUAUAAAAUAUUCGAUGAAAAUGUGUCCACUGAUUCCUUUACUGGACUAGACGGACAGGACUCGGUCCUUUUCAUCAGCUCAGUCCUAUGCGUCCCCUGAUUGUGUAUUCAUCGAUCAGCUUGCGAGAACAGGAAAGGAGGAAUGGUAAUUCGACACAGAACGCCUUUUAAAUUACGGCUUUGGCCAUUUUUGUUAGGUUACUGCUUUCUCUCGUCGAUUCUUCUUUUAUGUCAGGCUGAUUUUCAGAGGUCAUGCUCACAGCUUGGCACUCAGAGAGGAAGUGAACUCUGCCAGUCAUUGUGCCACUGCAAGAUCUAUCCACCUCUGCCUCCCCCACCUCCUCCCCCACCUCCUCCACGACUACUGAUGCCCACAGUUGCUGGGCCUCCAGUAUCACUCCUCAGACCCUCCUGGAUGGACUUCUUUGUGGUUUGGACUGUAGGAUGUACCUCUACUUUCUUUCUGCUUCUAACUUUCAUCAUCUGCUACAAGGCUUUUAAAAGGAAACCACUAAGGAAAGAAGCGAAUGGUACAAACCGCGGAGAAUACGCCAUGAGCUCCCGCAGAAAAAAGACCAAAAAUGUUGGCACUAAUAAUGUUGUAGUUUGAGCGGUGCACAGAGUGAGUGCACGCGAUGCUGCUGGCCACUUCUGCUGAAGAACUGCGAGCCCUGGGCUCACUGGCUCAGUGUGCAGCAGAUGUGCACUAGACCAAAUGCACCACUCACGUCAAGGCAGAAACACAGAGAGACAUGAGCAAGGCUGGCUUGUGUGAACAGUGCAGACUGCAUUGGUACAGUACUACAGCGCACUCCCCAAAGAGACAUGCUGCCAUGGUUUAAGCACUGGCUUAGAGACAUUGAACAAUGUCUGCGAUGUUUGUUUUGUUUUGGGGUUUUUUGGGGGGGAAGGGGGGUGCGUAAUAGAAUACCGAAAAUAAAUCUUUUAUUUUACAUUUGAUGCACUGAUCUGAAUAUAUAACUUUUCUAUUUAUGUAUUAAUUUACUAUUUACUUGCAUUUGUUAGAAAUGCAGUGAACAGUGGGGCACUGCAUGUCUGGAAGCUGAGAUGUUUGAAAAAGACUUUAGUUUUAAAAACCUAAUUUGCAUGGUAUAUUAUAGACAGGUAACAGAGCAUUUCCAUCUAUAGCAUUUUGUAUUCAAAUUAACACCUAUAGAUUGAUUGACCUAUGUAACAUUGGCUAUGUAAUCAUGUUCUUGCUGUGUAUAUAGAAAUCAAUGUGAUAUAUUGUUAACAAAAGGCCUAUGCACAAAUACGUUCACAUGGUAUGUUACAUCAUCUUUCUGGAAGGAGCUCUAGAGGGUUGUUUCAGUGUUCAGUUUCAUUAUCUCUGUGAUGUAUAUGUGCAGUGAUACAAACCAUACAGUUUUUGAGGCUUUAUCCUCCUCAGAGAUAGAAUGCUAAACACCCCCUUGUCUGUGGCAAAUUCCAGUGAUUACAAGGACAGUGGACACUUUUGCAGGACACCCCUGUUCAUGUUUUGCUAUGAUUACAUGGUAAUUGGUCCCUUCAUCAGCCUCCAGUCAAGGGCUCUUCUGCUAGAGUGUGACCACUAGGUUCAAGAUAUCUGAUGAGCCCAGCUGUUUAAUAUGGGGAGCAGAACUCCACGCAAACCCUACACAAGCUGUGAUUAAAAGAGUCAUAAACAUUUGCAGCAUUGCUGUUGCUGUAAAAAGAGUAUCAUGAGCUUCAUACCACAAUGUUAAUGAAAAGGGCAUUAAAGUGGAGCAGUGAACCUUUGGAUAUGCACUACAACAGAAGCAGUUGGUUCUGUUUCAAUGGUGAAAACAUGUUGUGUCUCAGUGCUGUUUGUGUAGAUUUGAAGUCUACUUGCCCAAAACCUUCAUGAAUUUUUUUUACCUACAGUGUAACAAGAAUAACCUAGAACUAGAAAAAUCUCAGAAAACUAUAUUUAAAAUAACUAAAAAUAUAUGUACUAAAGUGAGGGAAUGAUGCAUGAAUGUAAAUAUUGAUUGCAAAAUACUUGCCUUCUGGACUGUUAUUCACUCAUACCGAGUGACUGAAAAUAUUUAUACAUAGCAGAAAUAAAGCAAUGCAGUUAGAUGUGAAA